AUGCGGAAACGGAUCCAGCCUGCGAAAAUGGAAAACUACAACAUCUACGACGAGAUCGGCCGCGGGUCGCACUCGGUGGUGUACAAGGCGCGCCGGAAGCGCAGCAUCGAGUACGUGGCCGUCAAGAGCACGGGCAAAGGCCGGAAGGACAAGGUGCACAACGAGGUCCUCCACCUCAUCAAGCUCGAGUCGACGUUCGUGCUCAAGUUUUACAACUGGUACGAGUCGAGCAACCACAUUUGGAUCAUCUUCGAGUUCUGCAUUGGCGGCGACCUCCUCAAGCUUCUCGCCCAAGACACGGCGCUGCCCGAGACGUCGCUGCAGACCUUUGGCCAUGAUCUUGUCCAUGGCCUCCACUACGUCCACUCGCAAGGCGUGCUUUACUGCGACCUCAAGCCCGCCAACGUGCUCGUCGACGAGUAUGGGUCGCUCAAGCUGGCGGACUUUGGCCUCGCCCGGCGUAUUCCCACAGUCGAGGCGCUCGAAAAAGACCCGCUGGCGCCGGGAUCUCCGCACUACAUGGCACCCGAGCUCUUUGAGGCGACGCCGUUGCACAGCUUUGCCUCUGACUUUUGGGCGUUGGGCUGCGUGCUGUACGAGCUCCGCGUCGGGACGCAGUUGUUUCCCCACCGUGACUUUAACCAACUCCGGCACACGAUCCAGACAACGCAUCUCACAUUACCAGACGCGGUGGACAUGUCCGAGCCGUUCAAGGCUUUACUGCGGCGCCUCCUCGAGCCCGACCCUGCGCGUCGCAUGACUUGGUCGGAGCUCGUCCAGCAUCCAUUCUGGGACGCAGUGCUGGAGCUCGACACGAGCGCGCUCCCAGCCCAAGACCUCUUUGCUGCCAAAUACCCUUCAACCGCCGAGACAACGACGAUGUGGGCGGCCCCCGUCGAGAAGGCCGGUCGCCCGCCGUCCCCGCAGCUGGCGUCGCCCGUCAAACCACCGAGCGACGCGCUUGUGCACUCGGACGAGGCCGUCAAAGUGCGUCCCGCGACCGCGCCAGAGCACGGUACUGACAACCAAGUAUCCCAUGAUGACGCAAUGCCGCGUCAUCCAAGUCCACCGCGGACUGCACCGGCGAUGACGCGCCCGAUGCCAAUGGACAAGAUCGAGCUCGUCGCACUGCCCACCAAGGCGGCGCACCAGCGUAUCUACACGACAGCCGACUGCGCCGUCCGUCCGAUCGUGAGCUGCGACGAGAUUGAAGCUGUGGCGGUGCCACGUUACAAGGAAGCGAGUCUGCCGGUCCGACCCGCCAUCGCCUUUGAUCUCCCCGGGGAGCUCGAAGCGCACUUGGAACAGCUGUACCUUUUCCUACGCGGCGAUGCGGGCGCCAACGACAAGCACAACGCGCUCGCCUACCUCUGCGCUUUGGUGCCCGCCCCCAAGAUUGCCAAUGUCGUGGCCAACAGCUCCCUCUUGACGCUGCUCGUCAAGCUCCUCGAUCGAUCGACAUCGUCGGCGCUCUCCACGCGGCUUGGCUUGGUCCUUGGUCUUAUCGUGCGGCAUGCUGCGUUCAUUAGCACCGACGCACUCCUCUCGCUCGAUGGCCUCGUGCCCGUGCUUCUCCGCGUCUUGCCGUCGGCGUCCGAAGUCCUCGGCCGUCGCGCGACAGCCUGUCUUGGUGAACUCGCAUUCUACCUCUCGACGCUGCCCACCACGUCGUUUCCAUCAGCCCUCGUCGAUGCACUCGUGAGUGCUGUCGACGCGCCCGAUGCCAUCACGCGCCACUAUGCGACUCAAGCGAUCUGCAACAUCCUGGUGAAUGCAUCGACGGCCUCUGCCGUGCGGGACGCCUUUCUCAAGGUGUCUCUUCUCGACGCUGUAUAUCGGCGCACGUCCGACAUCGACGCGUUGCCGCUGCGGGUUGCCGCCAUGCACCUCGCGUCGCAACUCCUCAAGCACACGUCGUCCCCUGACCCGUUUCUCGAUCGCACGGUGCUCGUCUUGCCGAGCAUAUGGGCGUGCGUCCGUGUCGGGGAUGCUGCGCUGGCUGUCCCGUCUCUCAACAUCCUCAAUUGUGUGCUGGCGGCGAGGCCGUCGCUGCCCGUCACCUCGAUCGUGUCGGUCGGCGACAUUGCACUGCUCCUGCAAAAGAAGGAGUUGGACCUGGAUGCUGAUGCGACCAGCGAGACGCUCGGGCGGUUCCAACACUCGAACGCACGCCUCCGCACGCUGCUCCAAGGCAAGCUCCUUUUGCUCGCGUACUUUGGUCUUCAGUCGAGCCGUGACUUUGCAUUGGCCUUUGUCGCUGCGAAUCUCCUCGACGAGGUCGAGCGGUGCCUGCAUGCGGCGCAGACGUAUGUUGCGCACUCGGCCGCGCAGGUCGUCUCGCUCGCCGGUCGCAUCGCCCUCGAGCUCACGUUUACGCUCGCGUCGUCCGCAUCGCCGCCAUCGAGCGUCGUCGACCUCUUUGAGACGCUUCUCGGCCGCCAGCUCCUCACGCUGCCGCGCUGCCGACACCAGUUCAUGGCGAUGCUCCGCGCCAACGAGCACGAAGAGUUUGAGUGCUUUGUGCUCGGGUCCACCGAGCUCCUCAAGCACCCGGAGCUCCAGACGUGCAUGGUGCAGUUACUCGUGCCCGUGUUUGCAACCGACGACAUCCUCCUCGGCACCGAACGCGACCGUCUCUGGUUCGAUUCGGCGCUCGUCGCUGUCGCAGACCUCUUGCUGUCGGCGCCCGACAUGCCCGAUACGCUCGUGGCCGCGAUCCGCGUGCUCUUUAGCGCUCUCAACAUCUUGCCACGCGCCGAGAGCCGCGAUGUGUUUGUGCUGCAGGCGCUCCUGCCUGCGUACCGCUCGCUCCUCACGAGCGGUCACCACACGGUCGUGUUGCGCUUUGCGAUCGAGCUCCUCUAUGAUCUCGUGCAGCAAGACGCAUCGUAUGUGGCGAUUUUGCACCGUCUCGAGCUCCUCCCGUUGCUCUUCCGACUGCUGUUGCAGCCGGCUACGAUCUCGGCCAGUGCGACGCAGCUCGUUCGCCGCGUCGUGGAAGCCCACGACGUGGUGCCGACUGACGUGCUCUACGAGCUCGAUUUACCAAAGACGCUCGCAGUCUGUAGUGCCCAUUGUGCCGCCAACCAGCUCUGGAGCUGCGCGAGCGAUAUCGGUCAAAGCAUGUACAGUCUCCUCUACGCCCAGUACGAGGCGCCCAACGACGCGCGCUUGUUGUAUGCGCAAAGCCAUGCUGUGCUCGUCGAGGCGCUUCCGAGUCUCCUCGCCGUGUGUGCUGCCGACACGGGCGACGAAGCGGACGCCCACGAACACGCAUCGCGCUGUGUUUCGCUUCUGUGCCAGCUCUUUGGGGCCGAGGCUAGCGCAAUGCUGCUACGCAAAGGACUUGCGAGCUUCCUUUCUGCGCUGCGCGCCUCAUCGGCACCGGUGCUCUUCCGCUUGCUCUUGGGUCUCAAGAGUCUCGUCAGCGAACACCGAGUUAGUCUGACAAAAGACCCGCACUGGCCGCACCUCAUUGAGCGCGUGCUCGGUAUCGGCAGUGAGGACCAAGGCCGCAAGUCGACGCUCCUCGCGCGCGAAGUCUACCAUCUCAUGACCGCGCCGUAGACUCGCCAUUCUGCAUCAUUCAGCUUGUUCUUUCCAUCAUCCACCUGCGUCGGCA